AUGAGAAAGUUGGUUCAGGCGGAGGAUCCGGAUUUCAUUGCGUUUACUGGAGACAUGGUUUCAGGUUAUUCCUGGAACAAGUCGGAGGGAUGGUACGAAGCCAUGUGGCAUCGCUGGACGAAAGUAAUUUACGAAACAAAAAAGCCCUAUUGCUACACACUGGGUAAUCACGACUCGGAAGCCGAUCUGAACCGCCAGGAAAUCGUAAAACUGGAUAUGACGAAUCCCUACUCCUUCACACAGCUUUUCCCUGACAAUAUGGCAGGAGCCAGCACAUUCGUUCUUCCCGUCUAUUCCUCAAAACACCCCGAACAGGUCGUAAUGAACCUCUGGUUCUUCGACAGUGGAGACUACAAUUGUUUGGGAGUCAAUGGCUACGGCUGCGUCGAGCCCAAGAUGAUCGAUUGGUACAAGCGGAUGUCGCGCCAGCUGGAGAUCGAGCAGGGAGGCAAGAAACCCGCAGUUGCCUUCAUGCACAUCCCGCCCGUCGAAUAUCUUUACGCUUACAACCAUUACCCGAGUGUGGGUCGAAAGACGGAAGCGUGCUGCUGCUCGUCGAUGAAUACUGGGAUUGUGGCAGCGUUUAAGGAGAGAGGCGACGUGUUCGCGCUGUUCUGUGGACAUGACCACAGCAAUGAUUAUGUGAACGAUUUUGAAGGAAUCUUGCUUGGAUAUGGAAGAAAAACCGGAUACGGAUGCUACGGACCAGCGGAGGGAAUGCAGCGCGGAGGCAGAAUGCUGAAGUUUGUGGAGGAGGAUUUCAAGAUGACCACGUAUGUGGUCAACGAAGAUGGAACGCACGAAAUCCAAACGGAGCAAGCCUCGGAAAGUGAUCAAGUGGAUGUGUGUGGUGGUAGUAAACCUCCCAAGUGGGUUGUUUGUUUUAUCUACGAUUCAUGA